CUGACUCACGCCAAGCCCAAAACUCAUCUUCGGAUAGCUCGUCAAAAUCUUAUGAUGAAUCACAUAUCGAACAAACUCUGGAAUUGCAAUCUAUUCCUAAUACUCCUAAUUUAUCCAAACAAUCCUCAGAACAGAAUACAGACUUACAGAAAACAAAAAUCCCUGAAAUAGACAUACAAUCUUUGAUAGAAAAAUUAAGAAUAGAAGCUUUAGUGGGAGAUACUGUUAAAAUUGUUAAUGUAGAUGUCUCAGAAAGGCGAUCCGAAGGGUCUAAAAGCUCUACAGAUAAUCAGCAGAGCUGGCACAACCAAUCACCUGCAACCAAAUUGUAUUCAUAUAGAAAAUUUUUUGAAAAAAGACAUAGUGAAAUUUUACCUGAAAUCCUGAAAAAUAAACCACAUCUUAUGAAACAAAAAGCAUAUGAACUAGCGAGUAGCCAAAUUUAUGAUGAAAUGUUAUGUUAUCUUUCAGGUAUCUCCCAAACUUAUAGCGCAAAUAAACUUUCAAAAUUAACUGACGUGCAAAUCAAUACAGUCAUAUAUGAAGUGAGUCGUUCUACAGAAAAAUAUGAUACUAACCUCCUACUGCGUGUAAAAAAUUCACUCUCUAAUAUGACCAACUCUAGCUUGAAUGACAUUUCAAAUAAUGAGGUAAGUAUUCCUACUGAGGCUGAUGCAAAAGUAUCAUCGUUUGAAUCUCAAAAAUUGAUCGGCAUGAAGAAUUCUUCACGCGCACAUGGCCAACCGAAAUCUGAUAUAGAAACUAAAGUUUGCGAAGAAACUUUACCAAAAACUGAGACCAAGAUAA